AUGCCGAACAAGAAGAAAUACAACGUGAACGGAGAUUCGGGGAUUAAAGCCCAGAUCCAGUUUGCUGACCAAAAGCAAGAAUUCAACAAGCGCCCAACAAAGAUCGGCCGCCGCUCGCUGUCCCGCUCCAUCUCGCAGUCCUCGACAGACAGCUACAGCUCAGACAGCUCUGACGAUGAGACCUCUCCCCGAGACAAGCAGCAGAAGAACAGCAAAAACAGCACCGAUUUCUGCGUGAAAAACAUCAAGCAGGCGGACUUUGGGCGCCGAGAGAUUGAAAUUGCUGAACAAGAAAUGCCUGCGCUGAUGGCUUUGAGGAAGAGAGCUCAGGGAGAGAAGCCGCUGGCUGGGGCCAAGAUCGUGGGCUGCACGCACAUCACAGCACAGACCGCUGUGCUAAUGGAGACUCUUGGUGCGCUGGGUGCUCAGUGCCGAUGGGCUGCGUGCAACAUCUACUCUACUCUUAACGAAGUGGCUGCUGCCCUUGCGGAGAGCG